UGUAAGAAGAACGUCACUUGAGAGAGUGAGAGAUAUACAGGUUUAUCUGGCCUGGCGCUGGCACUGCAGUAGUUGAUAUGGCGGCACCUUUAGCGUGUACUCGUUUUAGUGACAAUUAUGAAUUAAAAGAGGAGUUGGGCAAAGGUGCAUUUUCUGUAGUCAGACGAUGUGUUCAAAAAUCAACAGGAUUGGAGUUUGCUGCGAAAAUAAUAAAUACAAAAAAGUUGUCCGCAAGAGAUUUUCAAAAGUUAGAAAGAGAGGCACGAAUUUGUAGAAAAUUGCAACAUCCAAAUAUAGUGAGAUUACAUGACAGUAUACAGGAAGAAAAUUUUCAUUAUUUAGUAUUUGAUUUGGUAACUGGAGGGGAAUUAUUUGAAGAUAUUGUAGCAAGAGAGUUUUAUUCAGAAGCCGAUGCAUCACAUUGUAUCCAACAGAUAUUAGAAUCUGUAAAUCACUGUCACCAAAAUGGUGUUGUACAUAGAGAUUUAAAGCCCGAAAAUUUGUUAUUAGCCAGCAAAGCCAAAGGUGCAGCUGUUAAAUUAGCAGAUUUCGGAUUGGCCAUUGAAGUACAAGGAGAACAACAAGCAUGGUUUGGUUUUGCAGGUACUCCAGGUUAUUUAUCGCCAGAAGUUUUAAAAAAGGAACCAUAUGGGAAACCAGUAGACAUAUGGGCAUGUGGAGUUAUUUUGUACAUUCUUUUAGUUGGCUAUCCCCCAUUUUGGGAUGAAGAUCAGCAUAGACUUUAUGCACAAAUUAAAGCAGGUGCAUAUGAUUAUCCAAGUCCUGAAUGGGACACAGUAACACCAGAAGCUAAAAAUUUAAUUAACCAAAUGUUAACUGUAAAUCCAAGUAAGCGAAUUACUGCAGCCGAAGCUCUUAAACAUCCAUGGAUUUGUCAACGAGAGCGUGUUGCAUCUGUUGUACACAGGCAAGAAACUGUUGAUUGCUUGAAAAAAUUCAAUGCCAGGCGGAAGCUCAAGGGGGCAAUUCUCACAACAAUGUUGGCAACUAGAAACUUUUCAAAAUGUGGUGGUGGUCGAAGUAUCGUCGUGAAGAAAGGUGACGGAUCACAAGUCAAGGAAUCAACAGAUAGCUCAACAACCCUAGAGGAUGAUGACGUAAAAGAGGAUAAGAAGGGGGUAGUGGACCGCAGCUCUACUGUAAUUGCGAAAGAUGCCGAAGGGCCGUGCACUCCUCCACAAUCUCCAAGAGUGGCAACAUCAAAUCAACCUUCUAGUUCAAUUUCUACAACUCAUCUUAAGCCCAGUGUACUUGAUUUCGGUCAAGCUUUAGUGCACAAUGUUCAAGAUGACAUCGAUAUUUGGGUGGAUUCCACAAUUGAAUACAAAAGGCUUCAGCAUGACAAUACAGCACGUAGGCAAGAGAUCAUUAAAAUGACUGAGCAACUUAUAGAGGCUAUUAAUACAGGAGAUUUUGAAGCAUACACAAAAAUAUGUGAUCCUCAUUUGACGGCGUUUGAACCAGAAGCAAUGGGGAAUUUAGUUGAAGGGAUGGACUUUCAUAAGUUCUAUUUUGAUAAUGUGCUUGGAAAAAAUUGUAAAGCUGUGAAUACUACGAUAUUAAAUCCACAUGUUCAUCUACUAGGAGAUGAUGCCGCUUGUAUAGCGUAUGUACGAUUAACACAAUACAUGGACAAACAUGGGCAAGCUCACACACAUCAGUCUGAGGAGAGUCGUGUGUGGCAUAAGAAAGAUAAUAAGUGGCAAAACGUACACUUUCAUCGCAGCGGAGGCACCGGUGGAGCGGCAUUUGGUUUUAGUGCACAUAAGUAACGCUUUUCAAAUUAAGAAUUGUAGCAUUGAUGUAACUUUUAUAUUGCAUCUGAACUGUAUUCCUUAAGUGUGAAUAUGUGUAAAUCUGGCAUUUUUUAUUUUUGUACUUUUUGUUUAUGUUUCUAUUUAUGGCCUGUUUUAUUAUCAGUAUUGGAUGUUUAUUAUUGUUGAUGUACUAUUAUUCACUAGAUGAUUUAAUUGGAGAUUAUUAUGGAACCGUUUCACGAAAUAAAAUACUAUUGUUCCUUGAAAUCUCGCCAAGUUGAUUUUGAUAAAUGACAUAUUUAUAUUGUGUGAAAUGUUAUCGAAUUUUUGUUUUUAUUUUUACAUUAGCAACAACUAAUUCAGAGUACAUCUUUACGUAACAUUUACUAUUAAGAAAUAUUGCUGCAACGCUAGCAGUACACCAAUACAAAGUAAAAUGUAAGAUUGUUAUUUAGAAUUUAUAGCCAAAUUAAACUAGAGAAGACUAAGAGCUUAACAGUAUUGUUUAUCUAUUUGUCAUUCUUAAUAAGGAAACUUUUAUAAGGGCUUGUGAGUAUGUAAAGUAUGUUAUGUCAAAACUUGGAAAGUGGUUAAAUGAAUAUAUUUAUAUAUUAUUUUUGGUGUUACCUACCGAACAUACACUACUGCCUUAUUACUCUAAGCGCAAGUAGAGUACUUAGAACCCUUUUUAAAUUAUGAGUUCUAUAGUAUAUGCAAUAAAAGGUAAUGUCACAAAUGCCAGCGCAUAGUUUUAAUUAUUAUCACAAUAUUGCAAUAUAGUUGUGUUUAUGUGAAAACCAUAUAUUAGAUUUAUUCACUGUUGGAGAAAGUCGAUAUCAAAAAUUAGUUAUUAUACAAUUAAAGAUGAUCUAGUCAAUGUAUAAAUGAGGCGUUAUGUUUCAAUUACUUACCUUGUGUUUAAAGGUUAUUUUGCUGUGAUGUUAUUUAGGUUCAUUUUAUCUAUGUUCUCUUUGUAUAAUAGUUUCGUUUGAAUUUCCUGUUGCAGGUACAAUAUUGUAUGUCGCAAAGUUUCUCCAGUGGUUUGCCAAUUUAUUAUAUUACAAUUUUGUGCUAAUUCCUACUUUAGCUGUUAUGUAGAAAUGUUGGACAAUUAAAAAAAUUUUGAAUACUUAAUAUGUGACUGUUCAUAACUUAAAAUACAUUUAUAGCUCUCUUAUUCGAUUAUAUACUAUACACAUUUACAUAUAUAAACAUUUAAAUCAUAAUGUAUAAUCUCUACAUAUAAUUUUCACAUUUUUAUCAAAAAGUUAUUACCUUAGUCGAUAUUUUUUGUAUAAAAUUUUACUAAAAACGAAUAUAUUUAACAAUCACUAUUUUAUAGAGUAGAAGUUGUUGAAAUAAAUCAUUCUCCUUUUUUAAACAAAAAAUCAACGAUUUCUGAACGAAUGUGUUGUAAGGUUUUGUCAAAAAGUAUCGACACAAAUGGCUUAUGGGUGUAUUUGCUGCGAUAUCGAAUUUAACGUAAAUUAUCCACUUCAUGUUAGAAUAGCUCCUCAUUUUAGUAAAAUUCUAGCUACUACGUUAUGAUGGCAUGUUUAAUUAUUAAGUCAUUCUAUGAAUCGACUUUAUAAAUCGUAAGAUUUGGCCUAAAUGUAUGUUUACCUUGUCAGCUUUAUUGGUAAUGAGAUUAAAUUAACUAAAUUUUCUUUUAAGAUUCAGUAGACACUAUCUUUACAAGAAGAGAUCGUCUACGGCAUUUGAAUAUUUACUAUUGCUUUCUGAAUCGAACAUUGAUGUAUGCAAUAAAACGGAAAACUUGUUGGGUUACAAACCGACAGUCUUUGGUCAUAGGGAUCACUUGCUCAUUUCGUGCAAAUAUGUAAUGACCGAGACACAUUUUGGAAAUUAUUAAUAUCUCACUUUGUAAAGAAAGUACAGAAUUACACUAUCCAUGAAGUUGACAAUUGCAGUACUUUUACUUCUAGUCAGAUUUAAACCAAAUUUUAUACUAAAUCGGAACUGUUUUAGACGAAGUAAAUGAUUUGGCAUACCGUAUAAUUACAGGGUAGCAAUCUAUAUUAUUUUUUAAUUAUUAUUCACGGCGUUUCGAAAUGAUUAAAUGUCGGAGAUAUUGAUUUUUAAACAACUUUUUUCAUUUUUGAAUCCUCACUGAGGAGUUAAGUCUCAUGAAGGUCAAUGUCACUGCAUUCGGACAUAUUAACAAACAGAUACAACGAAACAUCGCCGCAUUCCAAACAGUGUCUUUUUUUGUAAAAGAAACUGACAUUUUUUCAAUUAUGUUCUGCGGUAAUUGGACAUACAUUUUGGCAUUGACACAUAUGCCAUAAUCAUCAGAAAGUUUAACAAGCAAAAUGUGUCAUUUUUUAGAGAAAAAACGUGUUUCACCACAGCAAAACGUAUUGUAAUGCGUUUAUAAAUGCUAGCUUGACGAAAACUAACAAAUCAUUGCCCUUUUAAGGAACUUCAACUCCACAGAGAGGGCUCAUAUCAAAAACGCCUAAACCUUGCAAUCAUUUUGAAUUUCUAUGCACAAAGAUAUUAUGUGUUCUAAUGCACAAUAUAUUAAUCUAUCGCUUAUAAUACUCUCGUUUGGACUUUAAUCAUUUCACUCAUAUUGCUUUGGUAUAAAAAUUCAUUAUGUAUUUAUAUACCUACGUUAAGAUAGACUUAAGUUUUAAAAUUUGUGGGCAAUCAAUAGUUUAGACAGUGUUAUUGUUGGCACUUGAUGUUUGGUGCCAUAUGUACCUAUGUUAAGAUAAAUACUUAUUUGCGUGAUUGGUGGUAGUUAGGUUAUUAUGAUGUGCAAUGACUUGUUAUUUACAGAUUUCGAGGGUUAUAUAGUACCUAAUUUCCUUUUUGUGUGCACAAUGUUUAAGUGAAACCACUUUCAUGUGACAUUAAAUCUAAUCUUGAGGAUUU